AUGGAGGAGGUGCGUACAACUAUGUCAGGUGAAUGUGUUUAUGUUGGUGCAAUGGGGAUUAAUGCUCUGACAUGGAUGCAAAACCCACAAGUUAGUUUUGUUAAACUAUUCGAUCCUGCUUGGUUGAAUGAUUUUUCUCUAUCUAGGCAGGUUCGUUACAAGGCUACUCCUGAUGUAGUUGUUACACUACAAGAAAUUACAAGAGUAAUUGCUACUAAAGUCCCUGAAGAAAUUGAUGCAUGUUUACAUGAUGGUAGUUUAUGGUUGCUACAUGAUGGUUGUAUUGGGUGUUACAAAGAAGAAAAUUUUGAGGGAGAUGGGAAAGUGCUCGAAAUGAUGAAGCAUGAAGUUCCUAUAUCCCUUGGAAUGUACAAUAUCAGGAUUCAGAUCUUGUGUAAGCUUAAAAAGAGUAUUCUAGUUAGAGAGUUACUCAAUUGGCUUAUAUCAAUAAACGUGAAGCCUAAUUCAAUUACUUACAAUCAUUUUAUUCAUGGAUAUUGCAAGGAGGGGAAGUUAGUUGUUCUAAAGAGAGUUAUGUUUGAUCCUUUUGACACAAGCAAGAAGAUGCACACCACCAAGUCGCACAUGAGAAGGGUGUUUAUUAUGGACGACUGCAAUGAGCUGAUGCAAAAAUAUCUUGGUCCCUUGGGGAAUGUUAUGGAUUCCUAUGACUUACCAGUCAACAAUUCCCAUGAAAGGCUACACCGGAACAAGAUUCUGCAAGUUAUCAAGAAGAAACACAUUGAAAUGUUCAGCAAGAUUUCUAAAAACAAGAAAGAUGGAGAAGCUGUGGUAGAACAGUCUUCUGGGGAGCAAUCACAGCCUGAGUCAGACAUUGAAGCAAACACCUCACGGGUGUCAAAAAAUUCAUCUUCGUUAUCACUGUAA